UCCUGUGUGGAGUUUUUGCUUAAGUACAGACUCGCACAGACCAUCGGCAGGCUGUGUUGAGUAAGAGUACAUAACAGGACGAGUGUAGUAGAUUUAAAAUAUAUAUAAACCGUGCAAUUGAGCUUUUUGUAAAUGCAGUAAACGGGACCUCAAGGCAUUUUCAGGAUUAAGAGUCUGUUCUCUAAAGAGUUUAAACACAAACUAGGGGUGUACAGAACAAAGGGCGAACGUACAAAUCACUUAUAUAACUUUUGAACCUCUGAAAAGAUUUGGAUGGGAAACGUGAAAUACUUUUAUUUAAAAUAGUGCUGUAACUUCAAUUGUGUAGCAUUACAAUGUGACGGACCUCUGACCUAACUGGCCCUUGGUUUAUGGAGCAUUAGACCUCCAUGUGCUUCAUUACUUACAGCUCACCAGUCUACAUUCUUUAAGCGUUCAUCAAAGACUGACCAUGAGAGCGGAGAGUUUAUUACUGGCACUGCAAUGCCUGUUAGGAUUUGUGCACUAUUGUGCAGCCUUGUCGACUUGCAGUCCUCUAGAUUUGGAAUUGAUAAAGAGAAAGCGCAUCGAAGCCAUUCGUGGUCAGAUCCUCAGCAAGCUCCGACUGCCCAAGGCACCAGAAGUGGAUGAAGAAGAAGCUUCCCAAGACGUUCCUGCAGAACUCUUGUCCGUCUACAACAGCACUGUGGAGUUAAGUGAAGAGAAGGCUAAAGAACCUGUUUCACUUACAGAAGAAAUAGAGGAGGAGGAAUACUAUGCCAAAGAAGUUCACAAGUUCCAAAUUGAAAUAUUGGCAAGCAACCCAAACAAUGACUUAUGGUUCAACAUCAUGAAGAUAAAUCAGACAUUGGGAUCAAAAGGCAUCAUUCAUCAGGCAGAGCUCCGUAUGCUUGUGCCCAAAAAAAAACAACUUACAGAUCCUACUGAAGAGCAAAGAGUGGAGCUAUACAAGGUCACCGGGGAAAAUACCCACUACCUGGAUUCACUCUUCAUUACCAAAACACAGGAUCAAAAAUGGGUGUCCGUUGAUGUGACUCAGACCUUGAAAGAGUGGCUGCAAAAGUCAGAGGAAAAACAAAGAUUUCAACUGAAGCCACACUGUCAUUGUGAUAACCCCCAUGGAAAAAAUGAAGUCCCAAUAGCAGCUUUGUUUGGUACAAGAGGUGAUACAGGAACUCUAAACGCACUUUUAAGACCCCACAUUUUGGUGAUGUCACUUCCUGCUGACCGCCAGCGUAAUCGGAGAUCUCGCAGUAAGCGUCAAGCAGAAACAGAUGGAGUUUGUACUGAAAAGAACGAUGGCUGCUGUGUGAGAAGUCUGUAUAUCGACUUUCGCAAUGACCUAGGCUGGAAGUGGAUACACAAACCUUCAGGCUAUACUGCCAACUAUUGCAGUGGCUCUUGUUCUUACUUCUGGUCUUCAGAAAACAAGUACUCGCAGGUGAUUGGACUAUACAGACAUCAUAAUCCAGGUGCCUCUGCUCAGCCAUGCUGUGUGCCUCAGGUUCUCGAGCCAUUGCCUAUUAUUUACUAUGUAGGGAGGCAGCAUAAAGUAGAACAGUUGUCAGAUAUGAUCGUGAAAACCUGCAAGUGCUGCUGAGUUCACAUUUUCCAUGUGGUCCUGAUGAAAAGGAUAUCCUGAUGCUUUUCGAGGGAAACUUUCACCUGUUAUUUUUUCAUUUUUGGUUCACAAACUAGUUUUUCACUGUUGUAUAUUAUGGUGUAAAUAUUAUUCCACAUAUGCC